AUGGGGGGUAAAAGCUCCCCUCUAGCUAAUGGGAAUUCAAAAAAAUAUGAAAGUAGUGAUACAGAUACGGUAAAACUUCAACGUAAAAUUACGCUUAUGAAUGGGGUCGCUAUUAUCGUGGGUACAAUAGUAGGAAGUGGGAUCUUUGUAUCACCCCAAGGGGUUUUUGUCGGCACAAAAUCCGUCGGCGCGUCGAUAAUCAUAUGGUGCUUCUCUGGAAUCUUUUCUAUGUUAGGAGCGCUAUGUUAUGCUGAGUUGGGAACUUCUGUAACAAGAUCAGGAGGAGACUACGCUUACAUAUAUGUUGCAUUUGGCCCACUGGGAGCGUUUCUUAUGUUAUGGAUUUCAUUGCUUAUCAUAAGACCAACAACACAAGCUAUUGUUGCUAUAACAUUUGCGGAAUAUGCUGCCAAACCAUUUUUCCCGGAGUGCAAGCCACCUGAAAAUGCUAUCAGAUUGUUAGCAGGUGUUUGUUUAUGUCUGUUAACUGCCGUCAACUGUUUGAGUAUUAGAUGGGCCAUGAGAAUCCAGGGUGUAUUUACUUACGCUAAGAUUUUGGCUCUAGUGGGCAUUAUAAUAAUGGGAGUGUAUCACUUAGCAAGUGGGCACACAGAAAAUUUUCAUAAUGCGUUCGAUGGAAAAUAUGAUCUCUCACAUAUAGCUUUAAGUUUCUACUCAGGCUUAUUCGCCUUUGGAGGAUGGAAUUUCCUUAAUUUUGUCACGGAAGAAUUGCAAGACCCUUACCGGAAUUUACCAAGAGCAAUAUGGAUUGCACUUCCUACAGUAACCGGUAUUUAUGUACUAGCAAAUGUAGCAUAUUUUGCUGUUCUUUCGGCAGUUGAAAUAGAAAGUUCCACUGCAGUUGCUUUGUCAUUUGGAAUAAAAAUAUUUAGCGGCGUCCAAUGGUUAGUGCCCAUUUUUGUCGCUCUUUCAACUUUUGGAGGUGUAAAUGGAAUUUUAUUUACUUCUUCGCGACUUUUUUUGACUGGAUCUCAAGAGGGACACUUACCACAACUAUUCUCAUAUAUUCAUGUAAAAAGAAGUACUCCAAUACCUAGUUUAAUCUUUACAUGCUUUACAUCUUUGCUGAUGCUGUUUAUCAGCGACGUCUUCGUUCUGAUUAAUUACUACGGCCAAAUAUUGUGGCUUUCAAGUGCCGCAAGUGUGGUUGGCAUGUUGUGGCUCCGUUACAAAAGACCUGAACUACCCAGGCCGAUUCAAGUACAUACUGCUAUACCUAUAUUAUUUUUGCUCUGUUGUGCAUUUAUAAUUAUAUUUCCCAUACCAACGCAGCCAUGGAAUACAGUCAUUGGAUUGGGAAUCACUUUAUCAGGUGUUCCAGUGUACUAUCUUUGCGUAAAAUGGAGGAAUAAACCCGAAGGCUUCUAUAGAUUUUUAAGCAGUACGACCAACUAUGUACAAUACUUAUUCCAAGUUACCUACCCUGAGGCAUCUGAAUUGCUACCUCAAUCUUAA